CUUAUCUCACUUAUCUCAGUCCACUAAAAAGCAAAGCAAGAAAAAGAGAAUGUCAAAGGAGAAACAAGGAAGAAGCUUAGCUUAUAAUCGAAUCUAAGCCGUUUCGGGAAAUUCUGUUUGUAGGUGACAAAAUCCUCUUAUAGGGUUAUUCUUAGCUAUGAAUUUCCUCUGCAAUUUCUUUUUUUCCCCGCCAAAAUUUCUCCUGAAGCAAAUGUAGCUUUUUACUUGCUGAACUAGGGUUUUGUUCGAUUUUGUUCCUCUUUCCUCGCUGAUUUUGUCGGAAUUUCUGGGUUUGGGAAGAGAAAUUGGAGUCGUUAUUGAUUGAAAUGAAGAAGCUUUUAGGAGGUCCGGGAACUGUGUGUGGUCUGUUACUGAGAAUCGGACAAUGUGCUUCAGCUGCUGCUUCAAUCGGCGUUAUGGUCUCUGCUAAAGAGUUCUCUGUUCACACUGCUUUUUGCUACUUGAUUGCGUCAAUGGGUCUUCAAUUGUUGUGGAGCUUUGGGCUAGCAUGUCUUGAUGUUUAUGCUCUCAGGGGAAAGAAAGAUCUCCAAAACCCUAUCUUGGUUAGCUUAUUCGUCGUUGGUGAUUGGGUGACGGCAAUGUUAUCUCUUGCAGCUGCAUGUUCAUCAGCAGGAGUUGUAGUCUUGUAUGAAAAAGAUAUCAAGUAUUGCAAUACUCAAAGCCAAUAUCCAUGUCUUAGGUAUGAAGUAGCUGUAGCGCUUUCUUUCGUCACUUGGAUCCAGAUUGCUGUUUCUUCUCAUGUCACAUUUUGGAUCUUAGCCUCGGUUUAGUUAGUUUCGCAAAGAACUCCCAACUUUUUCUUCUUCUUGGAAUGUUGAGACAUCUUUGUAGCUUUUGAUGACGUUAACAAUCUGCUUCUAAUCGAAUCUAUCAAUGUUUCUUGCAAUCAAGUGCUACUGCUGCAUAUUGGCAUUUCUCUCUUAACCACUACACCUUACU